UACAACUACAUACAGAGGUCAUAGUUUAGGAAUAAUGAAGCGACGCAACUAGCUUGUAAGACAGGUGAACCCGUGGAUGCAACACCUGAAAUGAGAAGCCACGUAUAAUACAAUAUAAAUGAAUCAUACAGAUACAUAAGCAGACUUCCUAUUUUCUCCGACGAUGCUGUGUUUGGGUGUAAAUGCAGUGAGGCCGUCGAUAUCUUUACAGAAGCUGUGUGUCCUCUCCCUACUGCACAUGAGACAUCGUUUCUGUCAGCAGUCAUGGAGGAGAGGUGUAUGCAUCGGGACCAUUCGCUGCCUCUCUACUGGACCACAUUCACCUCCUCCUCCUACACUAACUGACUCCUCUGAGUGCACUGAGCCAGAACCCAGCCACAGUCCCUCUGAUUGGUCUCCUGACCAGGGUCCACCGCCUGCUCCCACACACUGCUGCAUGAGUGGCUGUCAUAACUGUGUGUGGAUCGAACAUGCGGAGCAGCUGCUGGCGUACUACCACGACGGAGGCGACCGGGCGCUCGCCGCUGUCGAGGAGAACGUCCUCGAUGAGAACCUUAAAACCUACCUAAAGAUGGAGAUUAGACUUUUGAAAAAGACAUGACUGAUGCAUUUACUGCCAGUGAGUGUAAGCACUUUAUGACACGCUCCAGUCACUGAUUUUACUCCCACAUUUUAAGUUAUACCUCCUUUGGGUCACACAGUUCAUGUCUGCAGAGCAUUUAAGAAAAUCGAUCAUGAGCCACCAAGGGAAGGGGAAGUAAAGCCAGCAGCUGACUCUAGGAAUCCACCUGCUCUGCCUGGUGAACAGAAAGAAUCAGCUGUUGAUAACAGGAAAGAUAGAUAAGUAUAAUUCUGCUUUAUUCCAAUUUGGCUCUUACAAUGGUAGCUUUGCUCAUUAUUUCUAUCAGUAACAACAAUGUUAUAUUCAUCAAAGUAAUUGCUGAAAAUUUGGAAUACUGCCGAUAUUGCUACAAGAAAGUCUGCCGGGGCAACAAACAUGUACAGUUAGUACAUGUGUUAGUGUGUCAACACACUGUGUUGGAGCCUAUAUCAAAUGAAGAAUGUACCAUGUAACUGAUGAUGUCUGAAGCUUCAGACAUCACAGGUGCUUCACAAACACCGUCAUCCACUUUGACAGUUUUUUUCAGCUAAACUAUGUGAUGGACAUUAGUGGGAUAAGAAUAGAUGAGAAUAAAUGAGUAAUAAACUUCAUAUUUAGGCUUUUUGGACAGUGCAUUUCUAAAUUAUUUUACUGUAGUGUAACCACCUCUGAACAACAGUAUUACAGAUUUAAUAACAUGCUGGCUCCUCUGGCUUUUAUCCCAAACAACAUUAAAACAGUUAAAUUUAGUGAGGUGUUGUGCUUUGACCCAAGUCUUGAAGGGCUGCACCUGGUUUGCUCAAAGCUCUGUAGCUCUGAGUCUUUUUUCUGCACAAAUGGAAAGAAAGUUUAUAUUCUCCCACCAUUUAUUAUUACUGAUAGGAAUAAUGUCAAAAAAUAGGCAUCCUUAAGUUUCAACUUAAAAUGUGACCAACAAACCCCAAGCUGUUACACUUUGUCCUCACAUUAGUCCUUGCGUUAGUUCAUAAGGUGCAUGGAGUGGUUGGUUUCUGAAAAUGCAUGAUUAGUCUGGUAUGUGAUUUUUGCAGUUCUCUGUAUGUAUAAAAAAUUAACAUGACAGCUUGUGUCUUCUGCCACUCACUGAAUCAGUACUCUGUCAUUGUUUCAUUGUCAUCUUUGUUUUGUCAUGAAGCACCUUUGCAAAUGUUGAUUUAUCAGUUUGCUUGAAGUUUGAACUGAAGUUUUUACUGUUUACUGUUUCACUGAUCAUUUGCUUCACUAUAUUUAAUAGUGUAUUUAAAUUAUAUAUUUGAAAUUUAUUUUUAAGAAUUUUUAGUGAAAUAAAUGUUCUUUCUAAAAA